UUGCACCCUGCGCUCAUCGUCAAUGUCUUCGCUCAGUAUCAACCAGCAGACGGUGCCCUUCUCGAGGCCGCCGUCUCCUGGGCGGCAAAGGAAACUCGGAUGGGUCGGCCUUGGCAACAUGGGCUACCUCAUGGCGCGCAACCUCGCCAAGGGCAAGCGCGACGGCCCCCCUCUGCUCGUCUGGAACCGCACACCCUCCAAGUCAGAGGAGCUGCAGAAGGAACUGGGCACCCUCGUUCGCAUCGCGAACGACCUCACCGACCUCGUCGAGCAAUGCGACAUCAUCUUCACCUCGCUCAACGAGGACGCUGUGGUAAAGUCCGUCUACGAGCAGUUCGCCGAGACGCUCAAGAGCAAGCCGGCCUCGAACAUGAAGAUCUUCGUCGAGACCAGCACGAUCUUCCCCUCCCUAGCGAUCCAGCUCGACAGCCUCAUCACCACCCUCCCCCAUUGCCACCUCGUCACGUCACCAGUGUUCGGCCCUCCUGCUACCGCUGAUAAAGCUCAGCUUGUGAUCAUCAUGAGCGGUGACUACCGCGCGAAGAAGGAAGUUGCGCAUCUGCUCGUUCCGAGCGUGGGGCGGAAGGUUUUGGAUCUCGGUGGCAACAUCAUCAAGGCACCGACGUUCAAGCUCAUCGGCAACUCGAUGAUUCUAGGAACAAUAGAAGUUCUCGCCGAAGGCUUUACCUUCGCAGACAAGUCCGGGAUUGACCCGUCCAAUGUCUUGACGUUUGUUCAGGAAAUGCUUCCUGCACCUAACAUCGUCAACUACGCCAACCGGAUGGCACACGACAACUUCGACGGCACCACUGGCUUCUCUAUUGACGGCGGGAUCAAGGAUGCCAGCCACAUCCGUCACUUGAGCACGAAGAACGAUGUGCCCCUACCCGCCAUUGACGUCGCCUACCAGCAUCUCCUCACUGCACGCGCGCUGCACCGAUCCGCCCAACAAGCGGGUACCACCAACCUCGACGUUCUCGACUGGAGCGGAAUGGUCGCGGGUGCCAGGGUCGCUGCCGGGCUUGAUGCGUUCGACAGCACCAAGCACAAGUACCCCGUGCAAGAAGCAAACGACUAAGUAUGCGCUGAUUAGAAGGUAAAGGGAAGUGCCAAAGCAAUGUACGGACGGGAUGGUAGAGAGCAGUACACGGUAAUUCUGUAAACGCUUGUAUUUUAUCCUUAACGGUACCCACCAGCUAUCGAUGUAGCAAGUAUAUCGUACGCGUUGAGCGCCACCGUAUCCCCGAGUGUUGACGAUGUAGACGAGAUCUCUAAGGAUAGCAUCGUGAGCAGUCGUGUCCGAUGAGUGAACAGUGACGCCUCUUCACGGGUUU